UUAAGUACAUUACAUUUUGGCGCAGUCGGUUAUUUUAAUUAAAAUCAUGCCUUUUGGUAAAAUCGAGCCUUUUGACGUUAGUUCCCACAACUGGGAUGCAUAUUGUCGUCGGGUGAAGCAAUUUAUUGCGUUAAAUAACAUCAGUGAAGAUUUACACGUGGCCACGUUGGUAACACAUGUCGGCAUUGCAUGUUACGAAUUGAUGUGCGACUUGUGUUCCCCGGAUUUACCGGAAGACAAGAAGUUUGAACAAUUAGUGAAGAUUGUCAAAGACCACUUGGAGCCACAAAGGUCGGAGAUCGCAGAGAGACAUAUGUUCCGGCAAAGGAAGCAAAAGCAAGGGGAGAUAGUGAGUGAUUAUUUGAAAAGUCUAAAACAUCUCGCCAAACAUUGCAAUUUUCGGGAUUCUUUGGAGGUAAAUUUGAGAGACCAGUUUGUUUCUGGCCUUCAAAGUGAAGAUAUGAGGUCACGAUUGUUUGCCGAGCGGAACAUCGAUUAUAAGCGAGCAAUAGAACUCGCAUUGGCGCUCGAGGCAGCGGAGAGACAUGCAGCGGAGGCAGCGUCCGGGGCGAGUUCCAGCGCCAUCUCGGAAGGGCUGCAUCGCAUCAGAUCCUCACCAGCGCGCGCGGAGCGCGGGCGCAUGAAACGGCGCGAGGGAGCGGGUGGCGUGCAGGCAGACGCGGCGGCCAGGGCCGGUGCGCUGAGCCUCGAGGGCUCACGGCGCGGCUGCUGGCGUUGCGGGCGCAGCGGGCAUCCGCCGUCCCGGUGCCGCUACAAGUUCUACAGCUGUGAUUCGUGUGGGCAGAGGGGCCACCUGAAGGUCGUGUGCGGUAAUGUUGAUAAGUGUAGUGAUGCGGUUAUACGGAAAAACACAAAAGGUCAGUUGUUUUUUAAUGAUUCCGAUGACAGUGUUUUAGAUUUUUAUAAUAUAAUUUGCGAGGGUAAUGACGGCCCUUACACAGGUAGUGUUAUUGAACCUCUGGGAUAUAUUAUGGUAAAUGUACAAUGUAAAAAUCGUUUGUAUAAAUUACCGUUGUAUGUUGUUGAAAACGGCGGCCCUCCUUUACUAGGCCGUGCCUGGAUAAGAAUUUUACAAAUCGAUAUCACAAAUUGCCAUAAUUUAUCCGAAAGAUGCGAAAAUGAUAAUACUAUAGAAUUAUUAAGGAAAGAAUUUCCCGAGGUUUUCGCUGAUGGGCUUGGGACUUUUAAAACUCGAAUGCAGUUGCAUUUAGCUGACAAGACUCCAAUUUUCGUUAAAUCGCGCCCGCUUCCCCUCGCACUUCGCGCGCCGGUCGAGCGCGAGUUGGAGCGGUUGCAGCGAGAUGACGUCAUUUAUAAGGUAGACCGUUCUGAUUACGGUACGCCUAUUGUUCCUAUAAUAAAAAAAAAUGGAGACAUUCGUAUUUGUGGAGACUUUAAGGUCACUAUUAAUCCGCUAUUAAAAGAUUUUCAUUAUCCUCUUCCACAAAUUGAAGAUAUAUUUGCUACCCUUGGGGGAGGCGAACAGUUUUCUAAAUUAGACUUGUCCCACGCCUAUCAGCAAGUGUUAUUAACGGAGGACUCGCAACCCAUGACCGCUAUAACUACACACAUAGGCACCUUCGUUUACAAGCGAGUACCUUUUGGAAUAAAAUGUGUUCCUGAGUAUUUUGAAAAGUUGAUCGAAGAAACUCUGUGUGGCUUAUCCUCUACUGUAGCUUUUCAGGACGAUAUUUGUGUGACUGGCAAAGACAGAGAGACUCAUUGUAAAAAUUUACGUGCCGUUUUAGCCCGAUUAAAAAUGGCCGGGUUGCGAGUAAAUUGGUCUAAAUGUGAAUUCUUUAAGGACAGUGUAACAUACUUAGGAUACAAAAUUGAUAAAAAGGGUCUACACACUGAUGCAAAUAAGAUAAAAGCUAUUGUUUCGGCGCCAUCACCGAAAGACAAAAAUGUAAAAUGGUAUUGGAGUUGCGAAUGUGAAAGUGCCUUCAAAAGAGUUAAAAACAUUCUCAGUAGUUCGCCUGUGCUAGCACACUACGAUCCCAAGUUACCGUUGCUGUUGUCGGUGCGCGUAUGGACUCGGCGCGGUUCUCACGCACCGCUACUCCGACGGAUCGGAACGUCUUAUCAGUUGCGCCUCGCGUACUCUUAA